AUGGACGACAAUGACCGGAGUUCUUAUGAGGAUGACACCGGGAUCCUGACUUCCACGGGUCACGGCCUGAACGGCCGUGGAGCCAACAUGUCAAGCCUCACAUCGCCUCAACUCACUGGUGCUCAGCAUUAUGACAUCCAGGAUCAGCAAGAUGACUUGUUGGAGCGACUUGCAGGUCACUACUCUCCAUUCGAGGGCUAUGAUUUGCUUGUCAAAGCCUUUGAGAAGACGGUCAAAGGGAAUCUUCGGGCCAGUUUCAAAGAUGGCAUUCGACUGGCAGAAGUUGAUGACGAAGCCAUCCGGCCAAAGAUCGGCAUCACCUUCUUACCUGGAGCUGAUACACCCCAGGUGAACCAGAUGGAGCAGAUCCAAAUGACCAACUUGGAGCCUGACCAGAAGGAUGCCUCCUGGAGGGUCAACACCGCGGGUGCACUGUUGAAGAACUUCGAUGUCGACAAAUCCAUGUCAAUCAUCUUCACCGACAAUACGCCUGCAGUGGUUGCUUCUGCACGUCAACGCAUGAAUGCCACCGGACCCUUUAUUGAACCGAGCACUUCCUCGCAGAGGGCGGUCGCGGUCCGACAGCCACAUGAUCGAAUGGUGACCAUUGACAGCGAUAAUGUGAAAAUCGUAAACACCUUGUCAUCGGAGAAAUGGGAUCUCGAAGGUCUCUUGGUGGAAGUCGACCAAUCCAGUCUUAUGGCCGUCAUCCUCAACUACCGACAGAUCAUCAAUCGCGGUGGCUCUAACCUGCCCUGUGGCGAGACGAUCAAAUUACUCGACAUGAUGAUUGAAGAUGCUCGAAGACUGUGUAUCCGCAGUCCGAUCCUGUUCCGAAUGUCCACUCGACGCCAUAUUAUUUCGUCCAAGAACACCCGCUAUGGUGUGGACCAUGGUACCAUGUUUCAAACCCUGACCACGAGCAGUGGCAUCAAGAACAUCAUUUCCUUGAGUGCUGCGUACUUCAAUUCAUUGGCCUCUUACAACAAACAGGAACAACAACUCAUCCGGCCACGCUUUCUGCAGAUGCUAGUUCUCCUCCUGUCGUUGCUGAAUGAUGAUGACCUUCGUGAGCUUGCCGAGUUUCUUGAAGUCACAUACUCCAUCCGCGCCGAGCGGCAACACAUUGAACUGCUCAUCCUCAAGGUCCUACCUCUCAUGUCCAUUAACUCGAAGAUCUUCUUGCAGUCUCUUGUCACUGCCUUUGACGGGCCUCUUGUGAACCCAUCGCCUCAUCUGGCCGACCAGCCGGUGAUCUGGAAUAUCUUCCUUCAUCGACUCCUUCAGCACAAAUACAUCCUCCCCGGUACAAUCGAGCAACUGGGUGAUGAUGAUUUCUCCUGGGUGGUGAAUUGGCCCGAUGGUGGGUACAGCGAUUCGAGCAUCUUCAAGAAUCUGCAUUCCAACGAGGUGACCGCGGUCUUCACCAACGGUUUCCGAUACAUUGUCUCGAUCGAGGACCUGGAGAACAUCACCCGUAUGACACCGCGGAAGUACGCCCUAAUUGAAGCUACUCUUGAAGCGCGUUCCUUCGACCUGGACAUCACCGAUGUGCACGUCAAUGAGCCACUGUACCGUGCCAUCUGGGAGAUCAAUUCGAUCCUGACCCUGGUCAAGAGCAUCCUUCCCGCACGGCCCAAGCACACCAUGUCGACGCGUCUGAACAACAUCCUUGGAGACAAACUGACCAUCUCACGUCGACUAAGCCGCGGGGGUCGCAACAGCGAACCAACAUUCCUUCCUGAAAUCAAGGGUUCGGGUAGGCUGACUUACCACGUGGCGACGCUGAGCAAUGGCCAGAUGUUAGCGGUGUCGUACAAAGUUGAAGGUCGCAAGAUCACACGGCGCGAACUGGUGCGUCAUCUUGCGUCGGACCUCAGCAAGAUGCGUGCCGCCAUGGAGGCCAUCGAGACGACGGUACACCAGACAUUUGAGGAGAAGCGAGUAAACGAGCACAUUCGGCAAACGGUCUCCCGAGUCCGCGCCGCUCUGGCGGCGGUAUGGCGGCUGCACCGUGCAGCGGAAGAAAACAAGGAGAAGAUGGAGAAAUACUCGACGCAGCUGGGUGACGAACCAAUCACUAAAGUGUUGUAUCCGAUCGGCUCGGACGAGACGCCGGUGGCGGCGUGGAACCACUACAAAGCGUGGCAUGUUGGCGGGGAGAACGUACUGUACAUCGAGGCACACCGCCGGGUCGUCCGCAGUGUGACGAUGACGGAUGACAACACCACCCUGGAAGUGACGUUUCAUGGGCACGAGCAGAGAUACUUUAUCACGCCGCUGCGUAAACUGGAGGAAGAUGAGUAUGAAGAAGAGCUGAAGCCCGAGGACAGGGUGAUUCUGGCAGGACAGUACCUUAUCGUGGUCGAGCCGAGUGGGCAGGUAUACAUGCCGAACGGGGGUGCGAGCGGAGACGAGGAGCCACGAGGGUCUAACAGCCACGUCAUAGGAGGCCCAAGGGCUGGAGUGAAUGGUUCCUCGGCGACGUCGGUGAGUACGGGCGGCGUCAGUGGCGGUGGCCGUGGCGGGCCAGGGCCAGGCAGACAACAGAUCCCGCUCGAGAGGGUGAUGAACUGGGUCAAGAUCACGGGCGUCGAGAUGCCGCGGCGGAAGCGACGCCAUCCGCAAGUGGAAAGGAGCCUGAUGGUUCGGAGCGCCAUACGAUAG